CGGAAUCCCCAAUUUGAUGGCGAUCCAUCUACCGUCAAUCCAUGAUCAUUGUGACUUUGUUAAAAGAGGAGUGGGGGGGUACCAAACCACCCUUUCCAACUUCAAAUUAGUUUAUGACUCCUUAAAUCCCGUCACAUCAAAUUCCACGGUCUACACGCCCCUUACACGGUUCUCACUCUCUCUUAAUACUAUUCUAUUAAUCCCCCAUCUUUUUUUGGCAAAUCUGUCAAUCUGGCACUUAGUAGUUUGUAUUCCCUAUAGAUUUGAUCUCUUCCGAUGUUAUAUUCAUUUUUGUUUUUAUUUUAAUUAUUAUCACCAUGAAACUCACCACCUACGCCCCCAUUUUCUCUCUCCUCAUCCUCCUCAUCGCCGCCGUCUCCGCCGCCCGUGAUCCUGUUUCCGGUGGAAUUCACGAUGCGGGUUCCUCUUAUCUUCGACUCCCAUCCUUUAAAUCACUGUUUACGGAUGAGACAUGCGAGCAAAGUUAUGGGUUUUUGCCCUGCACUACAACUGGGUUGGGGAAUUCUUUCUUGAUUCUAGUUUAUGGUUAUUUGAUGUAUACUGCUGCUACUUAUUUGUCAAAUGGGAGUGAGCUUCUUUUGGAGAUUUUGGGUCCUGGUAUUAUUGGUGGCCUCUUUCUUCCUAUUCUUGGUGCUCUCCCUGAUGCUAUGCUCAUCCUUGUAUCUGGCCUUUCUGGAAGUCCCGAAACUGCUCAAGACCAGGUUGCAGUUGGAAUGGGAUUGCUAGCUGGUUCAACAGUCAUGCUUCUUACAGUUAUAUGGGGAUCUUGUGUUUUGAUUGGCAAGUGUGACAUUGAAAAUAAACGUGCAAUCGAUGGAAAAGACACAAAAGGAUUUAGUUUAUCAGGUUCUGGUGUUUCUACUGAUAUAUGGACGAGUUAUGCUGCAAGGAUCAUGGUUAUUUCUGUAGUGCCCUUUCUUGUUGUCCAAUUGCCACAAGCUCUCGACUCAAGUUCAGGAAGACACUUGGCAGUGCUGAUUGGCCUCAUACUCUCUGUUGUUAUGUUGAUUAGCUAUUGUCUUUAUCAGGUUUUCCAACCUUGGAUUCAAGUGAGGAAGCUGGCCUAUGUCAAGCAUAAGCGUGUUAUGACGGGAUUUCUUAAGCAUUUGAAAAAGCAUGCUCUUGGGAGACUCUGUAAGCCUGAUGGCAAUCUUGACAUGGAUGUUGUAGACAAGGUGUUUAAACAAAUCGAUCGGGACGGUGAUAAUUAUCUCUCAAAAGGAGAACUUGGAGCCUUUGUUGUUGGAAUGCAAUUUGAAGGGGUGAACCCGAGCAAGGACGAAGAAGAUAUUGCACAAAAACUUAUGCAGGAAUUCGAUGUAGAGCGGCCGGAUGAUAGGAUUGAUCAAGAAGAGUUCACUAAGGGAAUCUCAAAGUUGCUUAAUGCUGUGAGAGGUGACAAGGUUUCCCACCAUACUGCUGACACACUGAAAUAUUUAGAUGACUUUGAGGAGGAAGCUGAAAAGGAGCAUUUCCUGUUGGGUGAUGAGGGUGAUGAGGGUGGGGAAGAAGUUGAAAAUCCUAAGGCAACCACCAUCAAGGCAAUAUUGUUUCUUGUGCUUGGGACUAUUAUUGCCGGUGUCUUUGCAGAUCCAUUAGUAGAUGCUGUGGACAAUUUCUCUAACGCAACCAGUAUUCCUUCCUUCUUCAUCUCAUUUAUUGCCCUACCCCUAGCAACUAACUCCAGUGAAGCUGUGUCAGCUAUUAUUUUUGCCUCCAGGAAGAAGAAGAGAUCUGCAUCACUAACGUUUUCUGAGUUAUAUGGAGCAGCGACCAUGAACAACAUACUCUGUCUGUCGGUGUUUUUGGCUUUAGUUUAUGUAAGAGGAUUGAGUUGGAACUUCUCCGCUGAAGUGCUUGUCAUUUUCCUUGUUUGUGUCAUUAUGGGUGCUAUUGCCAGCUUCCGCACUACAUUCCCUAUCUGGAUAUGUUUUGUGGCCUUCCUUCUCUACCCAUUAUCUCUGGUGCUUGUUUAUGUCCUUGACUACAUCUUUGGUUGGGCAUAGAUCCUUCUUGUCAUUCAUUACUAAUCUCAAAACAAUACCGUUUUGCCUUAUCUUUGUGGCACAUAAUGAAUGACACACACAUGGUCAUCUAAUUGCAAGGGGUUCUCACUUUCCCCCAGGCCUCCUUCCCUCUCAUGUUGUGUGUUAGAGGUAUCCUUUCAUUGUAAAGUGCGACUAAAGUGAAGCAGUUUUCUUCUCCGCAUAUCUUCACUUUUGUACUUAUUAUAUAUCUAUGUAUCUUUUCGAAGAACCUUAAAUUGAAUCCACAUUGUUUCUACAUUUGUCUUCAAUGAAUCUGUUGAGAACAUCAUCUUUA